AGAAGAAGUACGCAGUCGCAGUCCUCAAGUUUUUAAUUUUAUCAUCAGACCCUCAAUAUCAUUGGAAACCUGAAACUACAGGGCAAUAAGCGACAGCUCCUACUAGCUCUGUCGUGUCGACCUUUUUCACGAGCAGCUGUCGACUUGUGACAGGGUUUGACGGAAAUAUAUCAAUCUCUAGCAAUAUACGUAAAUAUUCUUUCCAGCAGUGGCACUAGUGGAGCAACAUGAUCACCUUAUAGCAUGAGUGAUUCUUGAGUUCAUUCAGUAUAACUUUUGUACUCGAUUACUUUUUGUGAGGAGUAAAAUGGCGAAUGAAUAUGUCAUUUUUACGAUUUGGAUGAAAUAGCUCGAGGAACCUUUUUUGACCGCGCCGUCGUUGGACGAUUUUGAGUGAUAUAGAUAUACUGGGAAGAACAUCAACUUCUGAUCGGGCUGAACUUGUUGUAAAGAUUAGAUUGUCCUCACAGAAACUGUAGAAGGUAUUUUGGUUUUCUUUUUCGCAGUGAAUACUUUUACUUGUUUAACCAAGAUUGACAGCACAUUUGUUAUUUUCCACAAGACCAACAUGAACGGACCAGGUGGCGCCGCACCGCCCGCCCUUGGCGCGUCCAGUAGUUCGAGCAAAGCGCCAGGGGCCGCUCCUCCUCCAAACAGUGCAGUUGCUGCUAGUAGCAGCAGCAAGGCUUCUGCGCCAGACGCACAGAAAGACGCAGCAGAAAGAGAAAGGGUGCGACUGCUGUGGAUGCCAGAGCCGAAAUACGUGAAAGAAGCCCUCGAAAAUUACGCUACAUGAAGAAAUCUGAGUAGCUACUUCAUAGGUCUCAACAUGAUCUGCCGAAUAGAAUCCAAUCAUCAGGACGGAUUAUUUUCCUGCUCAAUCUCAUGAAUCCUAUCUCUUCACUGAUCUUGUACCAUCAACAUGUCUCCAAAUUGCUUGUAGAUCUCCUCAUAGUGAUUUUAGUACUGUGGUGCGUCUGAAUUACGUCGACGAUAAGUGAAGAUAGACAUCAUCUUAUGAUUUUGACUCUUUUACCUGAGGUGAAACGAAUAGCAAGAUAAUAGCUCAUCUAAUGUAGAGGCAACGCAGCCAGGAGAACGGCAAAUCAGGGAAUGAAGUUGUCCACCUUGGAGGAUAUCAUCUUGGAGUAUGCGCAGUAUUGGCACAAGGGAGGCAUGCAAGCAACAGUUGAAGACGCUAAAAAGCAGGCGGAUAAAAUGCGCGAGUGGUGCCGUCUGGAUGAGAGGGCUGGAGUGAUUCCGAAACGCACAGAAGGUACUGCUACGUACUCCCAGUAAAGUUCCUAGUAAGUAUCUUAUUGAUGAAGUGAUGCAGUGUAGUAAACAUUACAGUAACUAGUAGCAAGUUGUAUAUCGAUCUUUUUGAAAUCGCAGCAAGGUGGCUUUCUACCACUGUGCCUUUGAUAUGCACCAGACUGCCUUUGAUAUAAUGUUUCUACACUCGUCUCCUAACUACACAGGUGGAGCCAAAUGGGUGUGGAAGUCUAGUACUCCGGGUUUAGAUAUCGUUCGACAGUUGGUUUACCAGAAAUUGGUAAGCGGACGAAAGAGACCCCCUGCGGGUUCAGCGGGGAGACUGCUGAAAGAGGGAAUCCCGAAGCGUCCACGCAAGGACGCAGGCGAUCGACUUCCGAAAGAAAAAAAGCCGCCAAAGCCACGAGCGGCAAAAGGUCCUCCGCGCAAAAAGCGAAGGCCUGCGAAACAAGACGACUCGAGCUCUUCAGGCGGUUCGAGCGAUUCCAGCAGCAGCGACGUUAAAGUACUUAUAAUAUGAAGAACAUAGUUAUGCCUAUUAGUCUUCUACCUGUACUCUCAUGACAUAAGAUGACACAAGGCUAGUUUUCUGUUCCUUUCAUUAUAAUAGUACCAGUGGCACUUUUUAUUUUAAGGCUCUACGUAGUCCCCAUAAUGUAUGAGAAGCACCAUGUUGCUGGGUAUAUGCAGAAUUUUAGAGCGUAACGGGAUCGGAAUAUAUACCCUGCACCAUUUUGGGGGUUUUUAUUCCUAAACUGACGCCGAGCGACCCCGACGAUAGAGAGAAACGCGACGACAGGAAUAGACGCCGCCUCAAGUUUUCAAAAUCGUGCGCAGUUUUGCUUGUUCGGUGCGUUCAUUCCUAUCCCGAGAAAAUUCCCCUAGCCCGUUUUUGCGCGAAGCGUGUGAAAUCGUUCGAAGUCGUAAAAGGUGCGCACAUCGCCCGCAUAGCUUGGCUUCCAACACUCUCUGGCGCCCGCGCAACUCUCGGCCCCGCGCUCCUUUGGCUUUCGUUCGCUGGAGGUGGCAAGAACAAGAUCGGCGACAGACGGAGGCCGCGGCGUCCCUCGUUGUUUGUCUGGCUCUUGUGCUGCGUCUGUCUUUGUGUUGCUGGGAGGGUCUGUGGUGUGUGGGGAGGCCGGCUGCGAAUGAGGACAGCGCGGCCGCGGAUAAUAUUUGCGCCGGCGGUCUGUCAUUCGGUGCUUGUGUUCUUUGAUGUUUUCCCUGUUCUGCUCUGCGCCCGCCAUCUCCUUGGGCUGGUUGUUUCUUGCGGUUGUUCAUUAUUUGCUUGCAGCCUCUUGCGCUGUUGUGGCUGGCUUCGUUCGUCAGCUGAGUGGAUCCGCAGGGGUUUCGGUUAGAUUGAUGCGCUUCAUCUCCGCCCCCAGCCCCCUAGGGGCUUGCGGGGGCGGAACUGUCUGAAAAAACCAACAGGCCUGCAGGGCUUGCGCCAGUCUUGUCUCAGCUGACUGCGUGCUUCUGCAGACUGGUGGGGCCCUUUUCGUGGUAGAAAGAUGCACCGGUGAAGGGCUCUCGGGGUGACCUUGAUGCCCAGCGUUGACGGUGUUCUUGUUCGGCUUCUUUUGGGUUGCUCACUAGCUACGCUUCGCCCUUCAGAGGCCUGCCAAUCAAACAGGAACACGGACUGGCGUGCGGUGAACUGCAGAAUCCCCGGCGCCUUCGCGUUUUGCUGUUAGCAAGUUCGGCUUCUCUCGGGUGUCUGAGUCUGUCUGAGUCGCCUUCGUCUGUGAUUUUGUUUUCCGCUCUCUUUGUUUCUCGAGCGUCUCUCUGUAUUUCCACUGGGGAGAAAGGUCACACGAUCGCCACCUCUGUCGCGUUUUUCGGUCUUCUCCUCUUGGUUUAGGUAUAAACAGUCCUCGGCAAUCGUGCUGCCCUCGUCUUCUUCAGAUAUAUUCGAAUGAUGUUUUGUUCCCUUUUUUUUCUUCGUGGCUUAGUCCUGGUUAACGAGUCCAAUUACCUUUGCCUCGCAUGUUUUGACCUAUCGUAGCGUUGCCGCCUAUCGUGGUGCAUAUGCAGAAUAUAUCAUCAUCAUAAGGGGACUGGCGAUACUUGCACCUGAUCACUUUCUGAAUACAGACAACUUUCAUCACGUACACAUCAGAUGACAGACGACGAGGACCGACCUCCCAAAGCGAAGCGACAAGAGCCGGCCCGCAAGCAAGGACACGAAUCAAGCGCUGCGCAAAAGCAAGCCAAAGAAAGGGAGAUGGCUUUAGCCCAGAAGUACUACCCCUUAAGCCCCCCGUAGCGUCUUUAUUUUUUUUCAACAUACCUGUUCAAGAACAGGGUUAUUACUGUUCGUUGUACUUCAAUUCAUGAUAGAUCCGUUGUCUGAUAAAUCCAUUGUCUGCGACGUCCAUGAAUCAUGAGGCUACUUGCUUCUGUUACAUCUACAACAAAAGUCACCAAAGAAAUCUAGGAGGCAGUCUGCGCUUGAAUAAAUGAAUGAAAACAAACCAGGCGUUUUCACGAAAAGCAAGAGCAAGACAAACUCAAGUUGAACAUGGAGAAGUGGAAAGCUGAAGCCAUAAGGCUGGACAGAGAGAAAGAGGCGGCUGCAGCUCCGUUCUAUCAGCCGAGGGUCCUGGAGCGAAUUGAAGCAAAGGUGCAGUUCUCAUUUCAGACGCUCAGGGAGGUGAAGCGAGCGGACGCAACGAAUCGCGUAUAACUUCUAGAUUCAUCUUUUACCUCAGGAAUUUCUUCAUUUUGAGCAAGGCUGUCCAAAUCCAAAAUGACGGAGUGAGAUCUGAUACUUCUUAUGCGCUUGUUGCGACAAGUUUCUUUUAAUCGAGGUUUUCUCUUCACCUGUUGACAGGAACAACAACGGAACAGGUUCAACUUUUGCUACAUUACAAUUACUGAAAAUGUAUGUGAUCCUCAUCAUGGUUAGUUUGUAGAAAUAGAGUAGAGGCUAGUAACGGAUGAACCGCUAGUCGUUACCGGUUUGUGAUCAUGAUAAUGCAGGACGGAGACGUGACACCAGCCGGAGGACCGGAGGGAGGAGGUUCAACGACCAUGGCUGCAGCGACCCCAGGCGGCGCAGUGUCUACAGCAGUUAGGGCUGUGUGAACUAAUGUGAGAAUAGACCUUAUGUUUACCUGUAGCUAAGCUUCAUUGUUAUCUUCAACCAGCUACGCCGGCGCUGCCAUCAGUUAUCUACUUUUCCCUUAGUCCUCCGCUCAUUGUUUGUUUUCCGCAUUAUCUUGUGCGAAGUACUUGUAACAGGAACAGAGUGAAGCUGGAGCUUGCCUCUGUUCGUGAAUUCAAGACUAAGCUAUGUGAACUAAAAGGAAGUGAAAAAGACUAAAGAAACAAAAAAUGGUGCAUUGUGAACUGCACUCAGACAAGGAAUUAAACUCCUCCAGGUGGAAAGCAAGACAGUGCAUCCUCUCAUGCUAGGCAAAUUCAUUCAGUCACUCAUUCACUCACUCAGGUGAGUAGUUUUCCUUUUCUCUAUCUGUACGACAACUAAACUCUGAACUAUAUAUAAGGUUAGUAGUUUUCUCUAGCGGUAUUUAUCUCUAUGACUAAACUUCCUUAGUAUUCAUAUUGUUCUAAGGCUAAUGCGAUGGCAAUCACACCAGGGAUAGCGAAUGGAGUAACUCCUGCAGUCGACAAAGUCUGGGAUGACGUGGGGGAUUGGGUAGAGGAAACGGUGAACGUGGACGAAAAGAUGCAAUACAUCUUUUAUGGCUCGCUUUCGUUGACGUAUUUUACAUUCUUCCUAAGUUAGUUCCUCCAAUCUUCCGGUCGUUAGUUUUUCCCUCAUUUUCACACUAAGUUAGUCCCCCCAAUCCACUGAUGCACUGCACAUUUACCUACUGAAGCAUUUGUGGUUGUUGGUCCAGUAUGAUUUGGAAACUGCAGUCCGGCGAGGGCGACCUACAAAAUAUUACAUUCAUUCCAGUCGUUUGAGUUUUACUUUUACUUAGGUUCUUCAUUCUUAAUUUUUGUAUGAAGUCGAUAGAGCAAUCAUGUUGUGACGGCGACGCAGAGGCUCCCCAUCCUAUCCUUAUCCUAUCCUGCACACAUACGACACUACUCUAAGAAUUGUGGUCAGAUCCCACGUUGGGGACACCAGGAACGUCAAUACAUGGUUGUGCGUAUUUGGGAAAGGGACAGUUUGGUGUCGUCUACAAGGCGUUCAGAUGUUCCCCAGGGGAAAACGAGAACCUGCCGAGCAGCUUUAUGAGAAAACUUCUUCUUAGUGUUUUUGACUCGUCUUCAUGUAAUAUUUUGACGUAUGUACUUACUAUGGUAUACGACAGACGAGCAAGAACAUACACGUAAUGACGUUGUCAGGACAUUCCCCGUAGGCUUAAGUCUGUUUUUAGCUUAUCGAGCGAGCGGGGAGGCCAGCGCCCUGUGGAGGCAAACUGAUUGAUUCACUGAGUGAUAGAGGCAGGCACCUAAUGCGCCAGAGUUUUUGCACUUAUCUUAACCCCAGCUCAAUCUGGCCCAUACGAUGUGGAGGGCCCCUCACCUCACCUACCCCAACUCAACACCGGAACUCGGGUUCUUCUCCUUUCAUGCUUGGGCGUCCAGUCGUGCUGAAAUUCUCGCGGCAGACGCAUGGUCACAGGGGAGGCUGGAAGUUGCAGAACAAGCAUAAAGAGGAGCACCGAAUUAUGGAGAAGCUGGACAAAUGUGUCCGCCGCGAUGAAGCCAUCCACCUCCAGCGAUAUCGCAGGAAGAUGCUGAAGAAGCGGACCGCGGCCCUCAUGGCUGAGCUACCGUCGCACUCGGUCGAGAGCAAUACUGACGAAGGCGCCGGAGCGACGUACUUUUUCUUGCGAAACUCUAUUGUGUUGUACCGAUGAGAACUUUAUUGACUUAGGCUCGACUUUUCUCCGGCAACGAUCCGCCGGGCAACCAUUAGCAGCCCAACCAUGGCCAGCUUCCUCACAACUAAACCAACACAGCAAGCACCCUUGUAGUAGACGAAGUAACCUAAUCGCGGCGCACCUACAUAAUACGAACCCACUUCCAACUCACCCGCGCCCGGCCGCGACGGCCCUACCGAUCUAGUUAUGGCGCUAACCUAACCAAAGCUAACUGCCCCAUCAGUCCGGGAGUCGAUAAACAUCACGCAUAUCUAAUCGAAAUAACUGCAGGCGCGGAGGUGUUGAGGGGUUGGCAACGAUAAGCGGGCCGACGGCUGUGGCUGAUCAAGAUGGAGCAACCCCGGGCGACAAUGGCGUGACACCAGCGGGCAACGGCGUAACCCCUGCGGGCGUGAACGGAGCGACGCCGGCAGGGAAUGCCAAUGGCACAACACCGGCAGGGAAUGUCAACGGAGCAACGCCGGCAGGGAAUAGCGCCACCGCAGUUCCAACAAUAGCACAGGCCCAAGGACAAGCAGGUGCGAGAACUCCUGAGGCCAUGCGCGCGCAGAUUCGUACUGCGCUUCAGGUUGCACGCGAAGACGCUCCCAAGGGUGAUUUUCACUACCUGGCGAGACUCUUCGCUGGGCUCGAGAGUUUCGAGUACGAGAAAUUUUAUGUGCAGGUUUUUCCCUGGCACACGGGCGACCUUUCCUCGGCGCAAAAGAGAUACAGCAAGCUUGCCUUACAGGCUGCCGAAAUGAGGUGUCCUGCUGCUGGGCAAGCGGUCGCUAACGGCAAAUUGAUCAGACCUUAUCCGCUGAAAGUCGUACUCCUCUUCUCCUGGAUAUCCUUUGGCAAAAAAAUCACGUAAUUUUAAUAGGUAAGUUUGCAGAAACUGAAUCAGGACGCACGAUUGUCUAUUUGAGCUUGUUGAUUAAUGGCUAACGCGGUCGCACCCUAUUCAGAUAUUCCUUGUUUAGACUGAUUCAUUAGUACAGCAACAAAUUUGAUCACCAUUCCCAUGGUGCUGCCCUAUCAUGCAUACCCUUCCUCUUCUCUUCAGAUCAAAAUGUGCAGAGAAAAAGCAGGCGACUUCAGUUCGAAUAUGGUUGGCGAUCCUUUUGAAACCAACUUGAUGACCAGCGAAGGCGAUGGAGCGGUCGUGAAAACGAUACCAAGCCAGGGCUUGCCGGUACACAUUGCCGGGCGCUUUGCGCGGCACAUACUGAAGGGGCUGAAUUACCUCAAAAGCAUCAACUUCAUCCAUACCGACGUGAAGCCCGAGAACAUCCUUCUCGACCUGGUGGUUCCUUCUAAGUCGGGCAACAAGGCGACUGGGGGUGCCGCAGCAACGUCCUCAGCAGCCGCCGCGCGAAAUGCACCACAACCGGCAGCAGGCGCUUUCGCUCCUGGGACACGUGCAACAGGCAGCACAAUUUUGACCAAGGAAAACCCAUUCACCGGUGGAGUUACAGCGCCGAGUACUGCUGGCGGCAAGGGCCCCGCGAGCAUGCCCACCGGACGUGCCCCUCUGGUAGUUGGUCAGAAGGCGGGACCAAAGGGCGGCGCCGUGUCCACUGCGCAGGCCACUGCUAAGGGCAUGAGCGCAGCGGCCGCAGAUGGGGGGAACUCUCCCACCGAGAGUCGCGAGAAGCGACUCGCCGAUGUGGUUCAGAAGAAGAUUGAGGACGAGAAGGUGAAGAACAGAAGACUUCAGCUGGACCGGGUAGUGCUGCAAUCUGUCGAACAGUUUUUCCUCUGUUGUACGGGAAAGAUUGCCGACUUCGGAGAAAUCUACGCCAUGCCAGAGAUCAAGAAACCAAAGUUUACGUCCGCUAUUAAGAUUACCAGCUGUAGUUUUCAACUCUUGCCAUGGCUUGGCUGCAGGAGUAGAGGAGUAGGAGUCUGUGUCCUUCAUAUCGUUAAUCCCUAGAGAGCUUCCACCUCAACGACAACGGCGCUGAAACAAGUUUUACUACCAUCGUUAGUCGUGCUCGAUGCAGGCACCACUAGAACUUUUAGUGCCAGUGCUUUUUACCUUCAUAGACCUACCAAGUUUUUACCAGAACCUCUAAGAAAUGCACCCCGGCAGACAAUCUACAACCCCCCUGGUACCGCGCUCCGGAAGUGACGAUAGGCGAUUGGCCACUGACGCCGGCCAUUGAUAUGUGGAGCGCAGCCGUUACCCUUUUCUGCGUAUUCACGGGCCAAGUUCUCUUCCACUCCACAGUCACCUUUCCGAAUGUGCCGAAACUCGUGAUUCUCGGGUGCGACACUAUGAUACUUAUCAGUCACCUGAUGGAUUUUUCAACGAAAAGAGUACGCAGCCAAAUAUCCAUUGUGCUACUAGAGAAAUAAAUAUUACUAAGUCAAUGUAGAAGAGCUAUCUUACACCGGUGGCACCGCCUUUUUAUGGAGACCUGGUGUCAUCUGUUAUUUUACAUGAUACGUCAAGCGCUCGCUCGUUCCCUCGACGUACACAUGUAAUAUUGAGUGUUGGAAAAUAUUUUCAGUACUGCACCUACAUAAACAGGAAGCGCUGCCACCUCGAGAAGAUUCUGAAUAUCACGGGCCCAAUGCCUCGGGAGAUUGUCGAUAGGGCGAACCAGGCAUGGAACGACCAGGCGUAUACCGGUGAACUCGAUGCCGACGGGAAGCAAAAGAUGGCCUCCUGGGCUAUGCAUCCAGCGGACGUACCGCUAAUAUAACUUGAACUUUUUCUGAGACAGACUGGACAAAUAUUGCCGCGACUACUGGGACUUUCUGAGUUUCUUUUUUGUUACAGCGUGUGCCACUACUGCUAGAAUGAAAUGCGCUUUUUUUUUUAAUCGUGCAGGCAAACGGUAAGCAGCUGGCGAGGAAUUCCAUGGCGCGCGACUACUUUUCUUUUUCGACGGAGGCGCAUCGGCCCCAUCGCUUCAAGGGGGUAGACCCGAGCCAGUACCAGAGAAUUCGUGAGUCCCAGCAGCCUGGCACAAUCCACAUGAUUGACCAGGAAAAGUUUGAAGCUCCGACUUCUAUCCUGAAGUACCGAAAAAAGGCGCUUGCACUUUCCAACAGCCUCGUUGAGCCUCUACUGAAGGAUAAGAAAAAGCGCCAAGAGUUUUUUCGUCGCGCGGCCCUGACAAGUAAACAUCCGCGACAACGAGAGGAGCUGAACUACGAUGUCACACAAAUCGGCUGUGAAGAGGAGGUACAUAACUACAUUUUUUUAGUAUCUAUUAGUUAUCUUCAUUGUGUUGAACAAAAAGUCGAUCAUUGUGUUUAGUUUCACGCAGACCAGCCUCGUCCACAGGGAUUCUGAAAACUGAGCAACAGAACUUUUAUUGAUUGACUCCAGUACAUCAACUGCGAGACUACAACACAUUCCCGACCCUCUGCUCGACAGCCACAUUAUCACCUUGUCCAGGUUUUUGAGCCGGAGGUCGAGGAGGUGUCUGAUGACGACGAGAACGAAGAGGACGCAGCCAUUGCCGAAGCCUUUGGCUUUGAUGCAGUAUCAAAGGAGUCCCCCGGCGAGUCGGAGGACGCGGGGGACGACGUAGAGCGCAUCGAAUUCGAGCCGAUGCAGCAAGAAAUGGACCAGGAGCAGGUCGCGGGCGACGAGUUGGAUCAGGGCGCAGCCGUGGGCAACGAUCUUGUAGAAGACGUUGAGGGCGGGCUGGACGAAGAUGGAGCAGAUGGAGGUGAAGCUUCGGGAAGCAAGAAGCGUAAAAGACGGGGUUCUGAAGAUAGUUCCGAGAAGGCAGACGAAAGCGGUAAGGACGACAACGCGAGUGGCGAUGACAGUAGUUCAAGCGACAGCGACUCCUCCAACGAGAGCGGGCCCGAGGCCAGUGGAGAGGACGUGGAGAUGCCGCAAUCGUCCCGUGACAGCAUCGAGAAGGAAGGUACGCACGAGACUGCGCCUCCGCUAUUUCUCGAAGGUGCGCAUCGCGCGCCACCACCUGUUCCACCGGCUCAAGGAGCUCCUCCAGCUGCGGGGAAUCGUCCACUGCCUCCAAACAUGAUGAGCAAGAGCUCAUCUAACGCGCCUGGCCCAGCACAAGGUCCACUUCCGCCGAACCGUCCGGGAGGGGCACUCGCGCGUGGCGCACAUCCACCACAGCAGGCGCAAGGGACAGUUAUGCGCGGCGGUCCACUUCCGCAAGGGCAUCGUCCGGCAGGCGUACUUCCGCGCGGCGCAGUGCCACCACAGCAAUCACCAGGCAUAGGCGCGCGCCCCGCGUUUACACCGCAUGGUCGGCCACAAGCUAGUUCCGCUACCAGUGCCGCAGUUCCGCCACUCGUACGUCCACCAGGUGCAGGAGGUCCACCGGCCAGCCUCAAUGCGGUGGCGCAAGCGGGAACAGGAAGCGCAGCCCAGCCAGCGACUUCAGGUGGGACAGGCUUACCAGGUAGUGCGCCUGUAGCCCCAACAACAGAUGUUGCGCUGGGGGACCUGCACAAGAUGGUGCGAGCAAAGCUCGCAAUUGAAUUCAAUGACCUCAUGCAGAAGAUGAUCAAUCUGGAUAAGAAGCAGCGAAUUACCCCGAUGCAAGCGUUGGAGCAUGAGCUGUGGAAAUCUUUGCGCCUCCUAUGCCCUGAAGCGAUGACAAACCCCGAGUGAGCAAGCGCAGGAAAUGCUGAUACCCGGUGAGCGAGAUCACGGGAAGAAAGAGAAAGGUGCUCUGGGGGCAGAUGCCUCCGAUCGGAUCCGUAUCCGAUUUAGAGACGAUGUUAACGUGCGACCCAGCCCACUGGGUGCUUGGUGUAAUACACCGUCACAUGAUGACUCCUCCUUUCUUGGAUUUUACAGAAAUUUGCUAAGCGGAGACGGGGAACCGGAUAGCAACAACCCCAAAUAGAAAGGCCUUGGUGAUGAAGCUAGUACAACAGUUCAGUCCGAUCCCCUCCUACAUAUUUCACUAGUACCACAGCUUUUCAGGAAAUCGUAUAUCCCAUUACUGCUGAUUAUCUUUAUGGUACUAAUUGUAUUCUUAUCGGCUUUUCACAAAUGUUUCUUGCGUAUAAGGGCUUUGGGAGAUGGUUGCUGGUCGUGCUUGUAUCGGCGUCGCCCUGCCGCUUUUGUGGUGUCUAGUGUGUUCAACUUGCGCGGGCGCCGGUGUGCGACCGAGUUGAGAAAUUUGAAGCGGGGUUGUACGCACGCGGCUGCCCCCCUGUUGGCGGCUCGUUGGAGGCAGUGGGCGACGUAAUGCACGACCCGGCCCCAUCGGAUCCCAUUUUGUUCUUUCCUCUGUAUCUGUCGCAUAUCGGUGCCGUUUUGGUGUCUGUGAGUUCCCGGGGGCGGCCGCAUGGCUUGGAAGUUAUUGAGAGAAGCGGCCGCGCGCCGAGUGCAUACAUAGAAGAAAGAGAAUCAAAAGGGGGGCCCGCGGUUGUCUGUUGCGGGUGCAGCCAAGUGUGUCACGGCUCUGCAAAGGGCGAGAGAGGUGGACGAAGGUGAGAGAUUUAGCCGCGAGCUGGAUGUCUUCGGGUGGUGGGCGCGGGCUCUUCCGUUUUCUUUACGGCACCGGUCCGCUGUUUCCCCUGUCGGCUUUCAGUUUCUCGUCUGUGUCGCACAGGCUUGGCGGUGCUCUGUUUCUCGCUGCUUUUCGCGGCUAGUGUGUUGCUGGGUAGCUGGUGUGCUGGUGUUUGGCUCUUGCGUCCAGUGGCAGCGUGGGUUGCGUUGUUUUUCGUUUCCCCAGUGAGUGUCAGGCCUGCCGUGGGUCAGUCUCUCGUCUUCCUUUGUGGAAGGGUUCUCACUCUCGGCUUGCCCCGUAGGGGUAGCCGCUGAGCGCUUCUGCCUCGUUCUGCUGGUCGCUUGGUUUUUUUGUUUCUUUUUAUUGGCGGUGCAGUGCGUCGGCUUGGGGCUUCUGAUUUUGUUUGGGUGUGGGGGUGCUUUGUCGUUGCAUGGUCGAGGUCGUGCGCAGCGCGCGGGCCCGUCGUUUCUUUUUGCGUUUGACAUUGACACGUGCAGUGGCCGCAGUCAGUCUGUCUCUAGCUUAGUUAGUUUUCCCCGCUCUCGUGGGUGCCGCCUGGAUUUGCCUCUGUCCGUGUUUCGGGUUGGAAGAGCGCAUCAGCCUCGUCACAAUUUUCUUCGCCCAUAUUGCGCGAAGCAUCAUUAUGUAUAGAUCGUGGGUCUCUCUCCAUUGUGAAUACCCACUUUCACUCUUGGCGAAAAAUUAGAUUUAUUUGAUUUUUCGGUUCCGUAAAUCAUGAACAUCUUCUUUUUCCCAGAAGAUAGCAAUCGGAAUCAAUUAGGUAGUUCUUUGCUAGAUAAAAAAUGGCUCCAGGCCUCUGUAAUUACCGUUUUACCGAGAAUUCCCCACUCUUGGAGAUGUUGCAAAUAAGUGACGUUCUUUCAUCGAUCCCGCAGUGUAUUGAAUGCCGGACAACCGCAAUAGGAAUAGGGGGCGCACCAGCAGCACUCUAUUACUUUUGUCGGCUUUGUCAUUGUGUGUUUGUACUAGUUCUUUACUCACAACCACAAGUUGACUCUCGUUUACACAAAAGUUGAUUCCUUCAGUGUCCAUUCCGACCGAAAGGUGACGACGGUAGUCAUCAGCAUGCAAGAUGGCGAUCCCGCUUUGCGUUCGCAAAUUAUACACACUUAAAUCGUAUUGAUAUAAUGUGUAUGAAUGGACGGAGAGAAUACCUCGCCACGCUGUGCUCAGUUGUCGUAAUGCUCGCGGUGACAACACAUCGUCAACACGACAGGAGCAUGGUGUUAUAGGUACCUUCGCUCCUGUACUUCAUGGGGUGCCCCUGCUAGGUAAAGUAAACAGGGAUAUCUCAUGACGCACCGGCUGCUCUCGCUUCAUGCGGACAGACGCGUUUCAUAUUUUCUCGUGGCGAUUACGCGACGCGUUACGACCAAAUUUAAGGAAAAUGAAAAAGGGGGGUGGAUGAGUAUUUUAUCGAUACUGAACUGGUGAUGAUGUGGAUGAGAUAGUUUUCAUUCGGUUUUUUUCUUUUACCUACGUACACGGCAGAUGGUGUAUGACAAACGCCAGACAAAACCGAAGGUUUUCAUAAAACGGCUAAUGCGUCGCUCGGGUUCGUAGGUGAGGCUGCGCUCGGGUGUGUUCGUAGGUCAGAUUGCUCUCAGCUGUAUUCACAUCUAUCCGCAGCUUUCAGGUUUUUAGGGCGAUAUCAUCCAUCAGCAUCAGGAUCCUUAGACAAAAUUUUUUCGACCGACAUUGUAGACUCGGAGUCUUAGACAGACAUCAUACACUCAGACUUUUAGACAGACAUCAUACACUCAGAUUCUUAGGCAGACAUCAUACACUCAGAUUCGUAAGCAAACAUCAUACGCAGAUCGUGUUAACGAGGCAGCAUUAUUAUACACUCACGUUCUUAGACUGACAUCAUGCACUCAGAUUCUCAGAUGGGCAUCAUCCACUCUGGUCCACACUUUCUUGCAUACUUUGAUGCCUGAAAUAGGCUCUGUGAAGUAUUCGGUGGACAACAGGCUCGAUGUCGUUGCUGCAUUUCUAUGAAUACUUUCAAACCAACAACAUAUCAAUCUAUGUUCACAAUUAGAGUCGUAUGGCUUCCCCCUAAACGUUGCUACAUAGAGAUGGGACAAUGAUACCCAGCACCCCUUAAUGAAUACGUAGACUCAAUUCUUCGAUUUCGAAAACUAAAUAGAGAAAGAAAAACGCCCGAGCUGAUAGAAAGGCGGUUCAUCAAAUGCAGGAAGCAAGAACGAGCGCUAUGCCGUUAAGAAUCAAGAGCAAAACUCAUAUGUCAGGACGUGGAAUUCUUGGCCACGACGAUCGAAAAUCAAUUAGGAUACUCACAUUUACUACGCUCAUGCGGGCUGUCUUUGAUUACUCCAACCACAUCAAAAAUGUGCACCCGUCCAUGGACGACCGGGCGUCGCAUCAUCGUCAACUUCUG